AUGCCAAAAAUCAGGUCAACGACAAGUUCCAGCGUCCUCGAUCUCGCUGAAGUCGCUACAACGACUGUGAACAGUGCGUUGAACUCAACGACAAAGGAUAUGUGGGGAUUCCCAUACGACAGAGCGCUCUCCAAUCCGUAUGGGCAAUAUGUAAGUUUUAAAGUCACCCGUAUCUCUCAAGUCUCCGAAAAUUUUUGUAAGAAUGUAAACGUGAAGAUCUACGCGGUAUCUUGAUCUUUUAGUCCAAAUACGACACAUUGGCCAAUGUAAAAACAUCCCAUUUUCAGCUAUACGACACUUACUAUGGGAAGGGCGUCCAGUUUGAAAUCAUCCUGCCUCCCAUUUUAUACAUCAUCCUCAUGUUCCUCAGUUACUUUGGCAAUGGUAUGAUAGUGCUUUCAACCAUCAAGAACAAGAACCUCCAUGGCUCCUACAACAUUCUGAUGUGCAUGGGUUGCAUUGGUGACAUGAUGCAUCAAAGUUGUCAUUGGGUUUACUCUGUAAACAUGUUCUCGGGCAAUAAUUUCAUACCAUAUAACUUGUGUUUCUACACACAAGCCUUCUUCCAAACUGGGGCCAGCUUGAGUGUGCUGAUGACUUUCUUUGUCGGAGUUGAUCGAUUGAUUGGUGUUGCUUUACCUACCACUUACCGACAACUCAAUUAUUGGCUUUACAUUGGGGCAAUGUUUUUGAUAACGGCCGCCUUUGCGCUAUACGACUUGUCGUUGGCCUGGACCCAUGUUUAUACGGAAUAUGGAGGAGAGUAAGUUGAUUAAAUCUAACGUGGCAAGAAUCACUGUAAAUCUUUGUUUAGACCCGUAAUGUGCGUAAUCAUCGACUCCAUGGGUGGAGAAGCGGCCAACACCUGGUUCGUAAUGUGCGUUAUUGUGAACGCAAUGGACGUGGUAAUCUAUGGCGCCGUCUGGGCUACACUGAAGUUCAAGACCGGCACUUCUGACGCCAUGAAAAAAGUGUUCAAAUCACUCCUGGUGAUCAUGUGUUUCGUAUUCUUUGGCUGGAUGCUGAAUGCGUUUGUUCGUUCGGUUCUUCUGGUCUACUUCAACAUCCCGAUUGAGGAAUGGUUUUAUUAUGCAUCGUAUUUUGGGCUAUGCGCGAACAUUGCUAGUACUUCCAACUUUGCCGUUUUGUACAUUUUCAGGUGUUUUUUUUUUGUUUUUUAUUAGAUUGCAUCUUUCCAGGCCUCUUGCACGAUUUUUAGAAACUCAUUAAAAGCAAGACGCAUAUUUCUAGCUUUCCAGAAAAAACUUUGCAGUGUCCUACACUUUCCUAACAAUUUGUUAAUUUGCAGUUCUGAAUAUCGUGCCACCUUCCAACGUCUGUUGGGCCCGAUUUUCCCAUGCAUGAGGCCGAAGCAGGAUGAGAAACUCUUCUUCAACACUCCUUCGACGAUCACCGUCUCAGCCACACCCAGCAAAUAA